CGGUCGCGUAUGGUCCGACCCAACAACAGAGCAGAAGCGGGGUUUAACGGCGAGAUUUCAACCUCAUAACCACUGUCCAUGUAUGGGCUGAAGCUCUCUAGUCAUGCCAAGCAUGGACACUAAGCCAGAGUAUCAACAUUACAUUCCUCAGUUCCUACUGAGAAACUUCGCUCACCAAUAUGCGCCGCCCGGCAAGUCCAAAGCCGGGAAAUCUGGGAAGCGUAACCGUAAGAAGAAGAUGUAUCCCGGUGACCCGGUGGUGAACAGCCUUUCCUUGACUGAUCCAUUUUCCCUUGAGGAAUGCUUGGUGAAGCGCGUUUGUGGCUUGGAAAAUAUGUACGAGAAUCCGGAAAAACCAGUGAAUGUCCGACCCCGUCUUGAGAAGCAGUUUGGCGAGUUUGAGGGCAGGGCGAGUCGCAUCUAUCGCCAAAUCAUCAAUGCGUACAAAAAUGGGAAUCAACACGUAUGGCUUGGGAGAGUCGAGAAAGAUGUAUUGCGCAAAUUUAUGGCCUUGCUCACAUUUCGUGGGAACCAAUACUACCAAAGGUACAACGUGGAUAGUAUGCAGGAAUAUCAUGAAGACGACAAAGAGAUAUUGCAGGCUUACAUGUCAAAGCACGGCUUCACGAAACCAGUUGACGUCUGGCUCCAGGGUCUGGAGAAGAUCAUCGAUUUGGACAUGGAUUUGAACAUUGCCGCAGAAGAUGAUGAGGAAGAUGGAGAGGAUUGGGAACAGCGCAUCAGAGAGAGAAUCUACUCUCCCAUUGCCGAAAUGUUCAUCGAACAUAUGUCUGCCAUGUACAUGGCCAUAUGUACACCAGCGAGCGACGACGAAGAAUUUAUUCUAACAGAAAAUUGCUACAACGUAACUGAAGGGCAAACCACUGCUUAUUACGAUAGUCUUACAGGCAAACACGUCACCUUGUCUCCUCGCUUUCACAUGUUUGCACCAAUUUCUCCUAGGCUCAUAAUAGUCUUGCGGUCCAACCAUCUCCCUGAUCCACUCGAGGAUGCGGAUCCGAUAAGUAAGUGUUGGCGGCAAUUCAACAGGCUGCUGUUCUUUGGCUCUCAGUAUGGCAGGGGUCCCAAGUCUAUUCUGGAAGAUCUGCCUAUUCGCAAGGCGAUGAACAACUACAUGGAUGUGGUCAACGGGAUGCUUGCGCCAAGACAUGGAUGGAACCAGCAAUUAGGUAUGAGUGACAGGUUCCGCUUCACAAUCUUUCAAAUACCUACUCGCCAUGUUCAAACGAUCAACGGUCUUCUGAUUGAUCACGCUUUUCACGGCUCGAGGAUUAUUUUCGAUCGGAAAGAUGUCUUCUUAGAUUUGAUGGAAUGGUAUCUAACGGAACCGUGCGAGGUGGGGAAAAAUAUAUUGGGAGAGCACGCAGCCAAACAGUCAAAGUACAUCGACGGCUUGACUGAUUUUAUGUCCCGUGAAGGAAGGCAAUGUGAUACUAAGCAGACCAUUUGGCCAAGUGAAGAUCGAGACUUGAACCAAUUACGGAUACAGAAAAUUGCUGAAGCACGGUUUAUGGAAGAGGUAGGGAGAAGAAAAGGGGACGCAAGCUUUGACGUGAUCAAGAUUCAUGAGAGACUAGGUGGGAUGGCUGAGGAUCUAGCAAAAGUCGAUUCCAUGUUCCAAACCUGGAUCAUUUGUGUGGACAUGGAGUGGAGUUCUCCGACAUACGAAUCGAGUCGCCCCAACAAGCUUGCUUCUCUGUUGGAGGAGUAUCAAGGCGGCCCAUGCUGUAGAUUUUGGCUGUUCUUGAGGCACAUGAGGCUGUCUCAAAUCAUUGGCAACAGGAAACUCGAGUUGGGGCAGGUCUUCUCUUUGCUUGAUAAAGAAUCGUGCUGGGAAUCGGAGGACAUUCUUACAUUUGGUUAGUUCAGUUCUGCCAUCCCUAGCAUGCAAGGUUCGUACAACUGAUAUAAUAUUCC